CAGCGGCAGCAGUUCUACAUCUGCUCUACGUCUGUGCUCCACCAACUCGCACUUGCUGUCCAGUAUCAGACUACAAUCUGACUUGUCUCUCGACAACGAAGACCUGUCAACUUCCUCCUGUUUUCCACAACUGAAGAGUGUGUAAACGCUCACAGGAGACCCAACAGGCCCGAGGUAGCUCUUCCUCAGCUGCAACGAUGGCACCCCAGGCAGUCGAUGCAACUUGCGCAGCUGAGACUGCUUCAGCGGUCCCCAUGAGCAGGCCCCGCCUCAUCGCCCAAGCUGUAGGUCCAGCCACCGUGCUGGCCAUGGGCAAGGCUGUACCCGCGAACAUUUUCGAGCAGGCAACAUAUCCUGAUUUCUUCUUCAACAUCACCAACAGCAAUGAUAAGCCUGCAUUGAAGGCCAAAUUCCAACGUAUCUGUGACAAGUCUGGCAUCAAGAAGAGGCACUUUUACUUGGACCAAAAAAUCCUUGAAAGCAACCCCGCUAUGUGCUCCUACAUGGAGACCUCUUUGAACUGUCGUCAAGAAAUUGCCAUCGCCCAGGUGCCGAAGUUAGCAAAGGAGGCGUCUUUGAACGCCAUCAAAGAGUGGGGUAGACCCAAGUCAGAAAUCACCCACAUUGUCAUGGCCACAACCAGCGGAGUGAACAUGCCGGGAGCGGAGUUGGCAACUGCGAAGCUGUUGGGUCUGCGACCGAAUGUGAGGCGCGUCAUGAUGUACCAGCAAGGAUGUUUCGCCGGUGCCACAGUGUUGCGAGUCGCCAAGGAUUUGGCGGAAAACAAUGCUGGCGCCAGAGUUCUUGCUAUCUGCAGUGAAGUUACUGCCGUUACGUUCAGAGCUCCCUGUGAGACCCAUAUCGAUGGCCUCGUCGGAUCUGCGCUCUUCGGAGACGGCGCCGCUGCCGUCAUUGUUGGCUCUGACCCCAGACCUGGCAUUGAGCGACCAAUGUACGAGAUGCAUUGGGCAGGGGAGAUGGUUCUUCCCGACAGCGACGGUGCUAUUGACGGUCACUUGACAGAAGCAGGUCUUGUAUUCCACCUGUUGAAGGAUGUUCCCGGACUGAUCACGAAGAACAUUGGAGGGUUCCUUAAAGACACUAAGAACCUGGUAGGGGCCUCUUCGUGGAACGAACUUUUCUGGGCCGUACACCCAGGAGGUCCAGCCAUUUUGGAUCAGGUGGAGGCGAAGUUGGAGUUGGAGAAGGGCAAAUUUCAGGCCAGUCGAGAUAUCUUGUCUGAUUACGGAAACAUGUCUAGUGCAUCUGUUUUGUUCGUGCUCGACAGAGUGAGGGAAAGGUCAUUGGAGUCAAACAAGAGCACCUUCGGCGAGGGUAAUGAGUGGGGAUUCCUCAUCGGGUUCGGGCCAGGUCUAACGGUGGAGACUCUGCUACUGCGAGCUCUUCCCAUGCAGCAGGCGGAGAGUGUCUAAGACGAAGUGCCUCCUGUACAUACCUUCCGGUCUGACGAUUUUCAAUGAAUCUUCCGACGACUGAGUUGGAGCUAUCACUUAACGAUUUUUUGAGCUGGAUUUGACUUCGGUAGAUGGAAUACGAGCUACAACACCUGCAUAGAAGUAGUCAUGUCAUGAGUUGGAAUCAGAGUGGGUAUGAUUUUACCGCAGCUUCAAAAUCAGAUUCCGAUAUUGCUUCACUGAAGCUUAAACUGCUCUGCAACCUGAAGCUGGCGGGUAGUUUAACAUGGUAAUGUCAAGCUUUUGCUCACUCGCAAUACCUGUAAUUCUCUGACAUCUUAGUAGGUAAGUUCUAGCCGGUUCUAUGGAGAGUUGACUGAUUGAGAGCUGAAGAGGAGUAUUCAUCCUUAGUAUUCAUUGAGCGAGUGCGCAGUAACGCUUAGAUAGUGAAGGAUGACGAAAAAUUCUUCGCUCACAUCAACCUUCAACCAAUAUGGAGUUGGUGUAUAAUUAGGAAGGAUGGAAAGUUUCCAAAAUGUUCUCAUCCGUGGUAGCAACGAUUGUUGUAGGAUUUAGUAGCAGAUAUUUAAGGAAUCUCUCAUAUGUUAGAAACAUAUGUGUGAGCUGAUUUUUUAUUGGGAAUUUGUACCCAAAGUGCGAAUCGCACAUACGAUUUACUGUUAUCAUAUGUGGCUCAAUAAAAAAUCCGGCCAAAACGAUGAAUUUACAUC